AUGACUGCUCGAGCUACAUCAACCAAGCUUAUUCGACAAGCCAUCGGCAGCACUCGGACGUUCCGCAACUCCGAGAUCUGCGCGCGAAAUGCCGCUACGGUGACAUUCAGCGCAUACCGAAGUGUUUCUAGCGCUGCCCGCUUGCCUAUCCUCACAGCAUCAGAAACUCGCCGUCGGCCGACCGUACGACCAUAUCAGCAGCCUAUUGCUCAGAAUGGAGUCAAUGGCAUGUCUCCGACUAGCAAGCGAACAAUCUUCAUUCAAACCGAAAACACACCCAACCCCGAUGCCUUGAAAUUCAUCCCCAAUCAUCGCGUCCUCCCCGAAGAUUUCCCGACUACCUUCCUCGAAUACCUCUCCCCGCGCUCUACGCUCUCUCCGCCACACCCAUCUCCACUCGCUGCAAAGCUCUUGGACGUCGAGGGCGUGACUUCGGUCUUUUACGGCCCCGAUUUCAUCACAGUGACCAAGUCAGGAGACGCGCAGUGGGCACAUAUCAAGCCUGAGGUCUUCAGCCUGAUCACGCAGGCUGUGACCGCGGGGGAAACAAUCGUGACCACGACGGAAUCCGAAAACGCUGAUGGAUCUCAGGACGGUGUCAGCGACUCUCUCUCCUACAACGAAGAUGAUGACGAGGUCGUGAGCAUGAUCAAGGAGCUGUUGGAGACCCGCAUUCGACCUGCGAUCCAGGAGGACGGAGGCGACAUUGAGUUGAGAGGCUUCGAAGACGGCAUUGUCAUGCUUAAGUUGCGAGGCGCAUGCCGAACAUGCGAUUCGAGCACGGUGACUUUGAAGAAUGGUAUUGAAUCCAUGCUGAUGCACUAUAUCGAAGAAGUGAAAGGCGUCGAGCAAGUCAUGGACCCCGAGGAGGAGAUUUCCAUGCAUGAAUUUGCCAAGUUUGAGGAAAAGCUGCGUCAACAGAAAGGCGCCGCCGCCACCGCCAGUAGCCCCAUUGACACCGCGCCCUAA